AUGUUGGGAGAAAGCCGAAGAUCAAGUAAAAGAGUUAUUCUGGAAAAUCAAGUUAAGGAUGAUCCAAUUGUGCUGAAGAUAGGCUGCAGAUUCAUUGAAAUAGGAGUAUCUGGACAAGAUGCGUCUGGAUUGAGAAUAAGUUCAUCGAAAUAUGCACAAAAGCAGCUAUUUAAAGUCAACGCAGGCUCUCAUCAUGCAAUUAAUGUAAAUAAUUUGCAGGAAAACACCGUUUUGACAAUAGAAGAACAGACCGAUUUAGUUUGGUUCCGUUAUCUGUUCUAUCCAGACAUUCUAAUAUAUGAAAAUCGAGGGAAAAAUGUUGGUGGAUUCCAAUAUGCAUUAGAGGGCCAUUUAAUACAUUUGUUUAAUGACAUAUUCAAGAACGCCAAAGCUGAUUAUGUAAAUGCAAAGAUAUACAUGUUGACGGAUCAGUUUGCAAAUGACAGCUAUAUGAAAACUGUUCUUUACAUUUUGCUAAAAAAAAUGCAUGCAAGAUCAGUUGUUCUGGUACCGACAGCAGUAAUGUGCUGUAUUGGGGCUGGUGUGAUGGAUGGGCUUGUUGUUGAUUUUGGGUGGAAUCACGUGAAUGUUGUACCAGUUUAUGAUGGGAGAGUGCUUUCCAAUUACGCUUCAUAUACAGAUCGGGCCGGAAGAAUGGUUCAUUAUCGAUUAAUUAGUGAACUUAGGAGCAAGAAAGUUGUGGAAAAUUCAACAUUUGAGGAGAUAGAGAGUUUAAUUGAAGGUAUAGAGGAAGUGAUGGGCAAUGAUGGAGCGAGAAAAGGUCAAAAUGAUAAGGAUAAUGACGAAAAAAAGAAUGAGGAUGGAAAUGUGGAAAUAACUCAUGAAGAUAAGAAUAAAGGUGGAGACAAAGAAAAUAACGAGACUGUAGACGAAUCUAGUGGGAAGGAGCAAAUCAAUAAGGAUGAAAAUAAAGAUGAUAGAGGAAAUGGGGAUAGCAGUACUCAUAAUGGAGAGAAAGAUGCUAUUAGUGUGGAUGCUGAAAGUGAUAUAACCAAAGAAGAAAGCGAAAAGGAGGAGAGCAAGAAGAAAGAUGCCGUAAAGAGAGAAAUUGAGAUGGAAGGAACAGAUGAAAUGGAGAAUGGAGAAAAGUCUCAAGAGGCAGAAAAUGCUACCAAAGAAGUCAUCAAGCAUGUAUUGAAAGAAUGCUUACUACCAAGUGAGAAUGGGUGGAUCAAUUUGGAUUCGCAAGAAAAGGCACCUGUUGAUCUUGCAGUAAACACAAUUCUUGAUCUUCCGAUUGAUAUAAGAAAACGCACGGCAUCGCAUGUUAUUCUAACAGGAGGCCUAAUGGAGAUAUCCUGGCUACGCACAAUGUUUAAAGAAAGCUUGGUGAAGGUGCUUAAGGGGAAAAAUAGCAAGUUGGAUGUCGAGACUAUUCAGACAUUAGGUGGCUGGGCUGGUGCUAGCAUAUUUGCAUCGGUUAUAGCUCCAGAGCAAGGAGUAAACAAUCAAAUACAGGAAUUUAGGAGAGAUUGA